AGCAGCCUUCAAGUUUUGUAUAAGGCGGCCAUCCGCCGGCGCUGUCCACAAAUAAUGGUAACGGCGGCGCUCAAUUCUUUAUCGAUGCCGCCUCCGGUCCCGAGCCCGUCCUCCCGUCGCGUGGCGGUGAUCGGCGCAGGGGCGGCGGGUCUGGUGGCGGCGCGCGAGCUCCGCCGCGAGGGCCACGAGGUCGUAGUGUUCGAGAAGAACAAUCAAGUCGGGGGAAUCUGGGUCUACACUCCCGAUUCGGAGCCCGACCCGAUGAGCUUGGACCCAACGCGAAAAUUAGUCCACACCAGCCUCUACGCCUCGCUCCGGACCAACCUCCCGAGGGAAUCGAUGGGUUUCCAAGAGUACCCGUUCACGCCCCGACCCGACGAAGGCGAAACCCGCGACCCGAGGCGGUUCCCCGGUCACCGGGAGGUGCUGCUCUACUUGCAGGACUACGCGAGGGAGUUCGGGGUCGAGGAGAUGGUGAGGUUCGAGCGAGAGGUGGUGAGAGUUAGCUUCACGGCGGAGGGAAGGAAUUGGGAAGUCCGGUCGAGGAGCUGCAAGUCCGGAGACGGCGGUGGUGGUGAAUUGGACGACGAGAAUUACGAUGCUGUCGUCGUUUGUAAUGGGCAUUACACGGAGCCUCGUGUAGCAGAAAUUCCAGAUUCUUGGCGAGGGAAGCAAAUGCACAGCCACAACUACCGCACUCCAGAGCCAUUUCAAGAUCAAGUAGUGGUUGUGAUUGGGGGUCAUGCAAGUGCUGCAGAUAUAUCCAGGGAAAUUGCUUUGGUUGCGAAAGAGGUCCAUCUUGCUUCGUGGUCAGUUGCAGAUGAGACAUAUGGAAAGAUGCCUGCAUAUCAUAAUAUUUAUCAACAUUCCAUGAUAGAGAGUGCUCAUGAAGAUGGUUCAUUGAGCUUUCGGAAUGGGGAAGUCGUACUUGCUGAUAUUAUUCUGCAUUGUACUGGGUACAAGUAUCGUUUCCCGUUUCUCGAUACUCAUAGUAUUGUGACUGUGGAUGACAAUCGUGUCGGGCCGUUGUACAAGCAAGUCUUCCCUCCAAAAUUGGCCCCUUGGCUUUCAUUUGUCGGUUUACCGUGGAAGGUUAUCCCUUUCCCAUUAUUCGAAUUACAGAGCAAGUGGAUUGCUGGAGCUUUAUCAGGCCGCAUCACCCUUCCAUCCAAGGAAGAGAUGACGGAAGAUGUGAAAGCAUAUUAUCAGGAACUAGAAGCCUCGAACAUCCCGAAACGAUACACUCAUUGCUUGGAUCUUGACCAGUUUGAAUACAAUGACUGGCUGGCUGCACAAUGUGGGUCCUCUGGAUCUGAACAGUGGAGGAAGAAAAUGUACGUAGCGACGAGGGAGAACAGGAAGCUACGGCCAGAGACAUAUCGGGAAGAAUGGGGUGAUCAUGACUCGGUUUCGGAAGCCUACAAGGAUUUCUCCAGGUACUGACUUGAACUCGAAUGGAGAAGAAACAUUUUAGAAGUUCCUUGAACACAGACCGUACCAACUAAUCAAUUGGCGAUUCUGCGGAGGGGUUGGAUUCACUCAUUCGCCAUGUCUGAUACACUUACAAAAUAAAUGGCCGGUAUUGUAUCUCCUAUAUGUGUAUGUGUAGAUGAUGUAUCCUGAAUAUGUUGUGGUUCUGUGAUUAUUUAGUAACCUUUGCAGCGGCUAAGUGUUGGAAUGGGAUUAGUCUGAAUCGAUGGUGUAAAUUAUUCUCUAUUGGCUAUUAAGACGUGAAAUGGCUGUACUAAUAAGCUUCUGCACUGCAA